AUGCAAACUUCAUUAACCUACUCAUUAGGAUUAAAAAAUGAUUCCAAUUAUUAGUUUCUCACGAAGCACACUCUUGCCAAAAGGAAAGAAUUGUCGGAUAAAUAUAACAAUGGCUAAUAAGUUGCUGUAAUUUGCGAACCACAUCGUUUAUAUAGAUAAGCAUGGGCAGGUGCUGGCCCUCAACUUCCAACAUUGGUGUGUGUGUUUAGCAAAAAGGAUCCAGUCUCUUCUAUUUUCCAGACUUUAAAAGCCAAACUCAAAAUCAACUAAGAGACUACAUUAUAUUUACUUUGCAAUAAUUACAUUUUGUAAUAUGAAUAAUCCAUUGGAUAGGUCUACGAUAAAUAUAAGAAUCACGAUGAUGGACUUUUAUACAUCAAAUAUAGUUCUUAAGAAACUUUCGGAAACUGAUUGAUAUUAUUAAUAAUAUGACAUUUGAGUAUAUUGAUAA